AUGCAUUUAAGGAAGGAGGAUUCUUCCAUGUGUGAAGAAGAUGAAGUUUUUUCCAAUUCCACCUUGUCUGAUGCUGAAAGUUCCUAUAAGUUUUGGAAAAACGCCGACAGGGGGGACAUUUUUGAAAUAUGCGAAGAAUUCGAAAGUUCGGAAGAUGAACGUGCGGUAAACGACAUGACACAAAAUUUGGACGCAACCAAAUUGUACUCCAGCGUAGAGACUAACACGGUGCCGAUUGGCAUGGGCACCACGAUGAAGAAUGACACAUGUGUGCACGGCGAAAGGGGGAAUCCCCCAUUGCGUGGAAAUUAA